UCUCCGCAUUCCGCCCGCAGCUUACGUUCAGAACAGACCGUGCUAAGAAUGAUAACAAACCUGGAUUGUAGAUAACAUAACAAAGGCAGGUGUACACAAACACACUUACUAGAACGGUUCUAUGUGACAGGAAGUUGUACACAAGCACACUUACUGGAACGGUUCUGUGUGACAGGCAGUUGUACACAAACACACUUACUGGAACGUUUCUAUGUGACAGGCAGGUGUACACAAACACACCUACUAGAACGGUUCUAUGUGACGGCAGGUGUACACAAACACACCUACUAGAACGGUUCUAUGUGACAGGCAGGUGUACACAAACACACCUACUAGAACGGUUCUAUGUGACAGGCAGGUGUACACAAACACACCUACUAGAACGGUUCUAUGUGACAGGCAGGUGUACACAAACACACUUACUAGAACGGUUCUAUGUGACAGGCAGGUGUACACAAACACACUUACUGGAACGGUUCUAUGUGACAGGCGGCUCUCCAGCAUCCUUAAACAACGACGUUUUCUACGAACGGUGACGUCAUACCGCAGCGGACUAGUGGUUACGCAAUGCGGCUUGUACAUUAACAAAAGACUGUGACGUAUAAUGUUUCCGAGGCUCUCCUAUUUAUAUCGCCUAUUUGUGGUCAUAGUAGUAAUUUGCGUUUUGAUGAUACUUCUUAACAGCACUGACAUCCAGAUAAGCGCAGGACAAAAGCGGUUGUCAUACUUCGAAGAGUAUUUACAAAAGUCCAUCCGAGACAAGGAUAAAACUGACGGCAUCAGUUUGCCCAACGCGACUGAAAGAGAUGAACAUGUCGGCUCAUACUUUACGACCUCGCAGCCCAUUGUGAACCCACAUGACUUCCGGUACGUUAUCAACCCGGCUACGAUAUGUCAGGGGCAGCAAUUGAAAUACGUUGUGUACAUUCAUUCGGCCCCAAGCAACUUUAAAAAGCGCCAAACGAUACGACAGACGUGGGGUUCCAAAGCGCUUAUGGUUAAACAUAAAAUGAUGGUAGUGUUUGUAAUGGGACUUGUGCCAGAAACCGUAACGAUGCAACGUGUUAAAUACGAAAGCAAUAGGUAUGGGGACAUUGUGGUGGAGGAUUUUACAGACACAUAUAGGAAUUUGACGUAUAAGGCAAUUGGUGGUUUGAAAUGGGUUUCAACCUAUUGCGCUCAAGCCACGUACGUCAUUAAAUCUGACGAUGACAUUUUGAUAGAUGUUGAAAAACUUAUGUAUUUGAUGACUUCACCGGAAGUAAUCAGCUAUGGAACAAAACGGGUCAUAAUGUGCAAUAAGUGGACAAAAAUGAAGGUGAUAAGAGACAAAAAUAGCAAAUGGUACAUUUCGGUAGAGGAAUUUAGCAGCGAGUAUUUCCCGCCAUAUUGUUCCGGCUCUGUGUUCGUGAUGAGCACAGAUGUCGCUGUGGCGCUCUACCAAGCGUCUUUUUAUACGAAGUUCUUCUGGGUUGACGACUUUUACAUCACCGGGAUGCUUGUUCAGAGUUUGAAACUCGAACACAAGCCUCUCAACGACCACUACAUGCUCAACGCACGAGAGGCUGUGCAGAAAUUUAAGGAGGAUGAUAAACAGGUGCUGAACUUUUUCCAUAUGAAUAAAAUGACCGAUAAUUUCAAGAUAUGGAAAUUGCUCGUGGCUAGAAACAAAACGACCUGUGAUAAUUGCUUUACUUGGUCCCCUGUUAAACCAAAUACGACAAUUUUAGAAUCCGUAUACGCUGCUGGUUCAGGGAACCGUUGAGUAUACCCUAAAACUGUUUUGGAGUCCAAGCUAAAUUUAAUUUUAAUUUGUCUUGAUAAUGGAUUUUAAACGAAAAGAUAUAUUCAGUUCAUUAUUUAUUUCAUAACAAACGGAAUGCAAUUCACAAAGUACUCUUUAAACGCAAGUUAAUACAAAUAAAACGUGUUAACUUCACGGAAGCAUUUAUGAAAUUCGGCCGUACUGAUGCGAAAUAUCGAUUUUUAAAGCUUUCAUCGCAAUACUAUUGUUUUCUUUAAUAAAAAGCUCAUUCCAAAAAUUUGAUUCUUGUCCGAAAAUUUGUGCAGCCAUUCUAUCUGUUAAUACUAUUUAUACUUUCAUUGUGUAUCACAUCUAUAUUUCUUUUCUAUUUCCAAAUGCCUUGGUGCUUUCAAACUAUAUUUGCAGCAUUCGUGUUUAUUUGUAUAAUUUUUUUAUGUCUGACAUAACACUUUCCCAUUAUUCGUGAAUCUACCUACCUAUAAUUGCGACCAAAAAUGCACGUAUGAGUCUCUUUGCAAACGAUUCGUUUUCGUACAUGAAUCCAUGAUAUAACAGGAUUCGCAGGGUUCAAGGUCUGUCACUCGAUAACACGUUGUAUGCCAAAUGUGAGUGAUUAUUUAUGAACGAUUUUGUCAAUAUAAAUCGUAGUUUUUCAGGCGAAGUUGAAGUAGCAUCAGCAAAUAUGUCUGAAUUUUACAAUAAUUUGAACAAACAUUUGUCUACAUUUCAGUUAUUGUCUUGCAUUAUUUGUUCAUGGCGAGUAAAGAUAAUUUAUACUUUGCAUUGACCGUAACAUGGCGAUGAUCCAAGUUUUAAUCAUUGUUUUAUGGCAAGUUGGUGCUGUUUUCUUUCAAAAAUAUAAAAAUCUUGGAUAAGAACAAGAAUUUCUCUUGUGAUAGAGUUUCUGGAAUGUCAUGGUUUGCUAAAAUUAAUAUAACAACAGUUUGGUUUGUGGUGUGUGGAUUCAAUAAAACGUAUCCACGUUCUCGUCUUUAAUGUUGACAUAUUUCAGUCUUCAGAUGCUGUAAACAGUAUGGCUCUUUUGUUUGUUAUGUGGAUAAAACAUUACUUUUUUACAUCUGAAAAUUGCCUAUACAUAUUAUCAUAUGUCAAUGACUUGAUAGUAUAGUUUCUUAAAGAUCGAACCGUAUUUUUUUUAUUCAUUGUACUAACAACUUUAAAACGUGCCCCCUAACCGAUUCAAUAAAUUUACGAUACCGAUGACAUUAGUAUUCUAAAGUUUUAUGUGUAGUAUUCGAUUCACCCAUCACGUUUUUAUCAUUUUUAUUUUUAUUUUCUGUCUGUAUUGGUACAUUUGAUAUAACUGUGUUUAAACCCCUUAUACUUUGUAGAAAUAAUGCAUACGUUAUCGUUGCACUUGGGGAAAACUUAAUAUAUUAUGUUCGGCCCAAAACGAAAUCUAAGAAAGCAAGGGUCUAAACAAGUCACUUGCAUUGGUCUUAAGAUAAAUUCUACAAAAGAAGUUAAGUACGUAGGCCUUCCAGUAGAUUGUUUUUAUCAGGUGAAGCUAUUGUACAAAACAUUAUCUCUAAGGUCUAUAAUAAACUUAAAUGUUUGUAUAGACAAUAGAUGUUUGGAUUUUAUCAUCUGCACUUUUACAGUGUCACUUCGAUUAUUAUUGUUCAUCCUGGUACGAAGGUCUAAAUAAAGGUCUAAAAUCUAAACUCCAAAUUGUCCAAAACAAGAUAAUAAGAUUUAUAAAAGGUUACUCUCCAAGACAUUCUAUUACUUGGCAGAACUAUGUUUAUCUGAAUAUGUUACAUGUUAGCAAUAGAGUAAAACAGUUACGGCUAAAUCACGUGCAUAAAGUCCAUUAUAAGACAUGUCCUUCAUAUCUUAGGGAAAAUUUUGUUAAUAGCCCUAGAACAACCAAGCAAUUUAUUUUAUUUGACCUAGUAUCCAUAAUACUUAUUGUAAACAGACAUUCCUAUAUACUGGACCAAGAGACUGGAACUCUCUCCCUGACAAUAUUAAAGGUGUAAACAAUAUUGCUAGGUUCAAACAAUUAGUGAACAAGCACCUUCUUGAACAACAAGUAUCUGAAAGUAAACGAUACUUUUUUAUUUUACUUAUACUAUGUUGCAUCACUAAUCUGUGAUAACCAUGUUAAAUUGCGAUAUUAUGCAUAUUAAGAUGAGCGCAUACGUUUAAUUAUACCUUUUGGUACCAAAAUCUUAAUUGUUAAUUGUUAAUGUUUGUUUGUUCAUACGGUUAUGUAUCUUUGAAUCACUUUGCUUUUUUCAGUGUGUGUUUUAUGGACCCCAUUGGAAAUAAGCUUUCAGCUUUCUGGGUUAUCCAUAGGUCCUUAGCAUUCAUGCUCAUGAAUCUACUUCAGUUACAAAACUUCCCUAUUGUUAAAAGUAUGCAAACAGCAACAUCGUUUUAUUUGAUGCCCUUAAAUUGUUAAUUUUAAAUCAGCCUAGUUUUAAUUCUUUGAUAUCUGUGAUAUAUUCUUUAUCUUAUGUGUCAUGUAUUUGUAUGUGCUAUUGACCUUAAAUGUAAAUUAAUAUAAAUACGAUGUUACCCUGUAAAGGAAAAUGGGGGUUUAAACACAAUUUAUCCGUUUAAUUUAUACAGAAAAAUUUGACCAAUUCGAUAUGGACACCAGAACUCGCCAUAAAGCGUUUUAUCACGUGACAGGGUCGGAACCCUGUAUGAUUGCACAUGGUGCGACGAAAUGACAGCAAAACCUAGGCGUUGUUUUUUGCACAAAGUCAUAUGUGUUUUAUUACUUUUGUUUUUGUACAUUUUUAUAGAUAUAAAAUAACAGAUUUUUAAUGUAAUAUAUGAAGAAAAACUA